AUGACCACAGUCACGGAGAUUGCGCCUUCGGCUAUAGUCACUGAAUCCAUAGAGUCUCAAGAGCACUGGAACAACUGGCCAAAUACAAAGGGAUUCGAUCCUGAAUACGAGGAGCGCACGCCCGUGGAACUUCAAGUCACUGGAAAGAUCCCUGCAUACGCAGCCGGUACUUUAUAUCGUACAGGUCCCGGCAAAAGCCAGUUGCAAACCGAAGAAGGCCAGACUUUCCACCUUUCGCACUGGUUCGAUGGACUCAGCCAGACACAUCGCUUCCAAAUCAUCGACUCGGGCGAAUCCGAACCCACCCGAGUCCUAUACAACUCUCGCUUUUCAACCGAUGAGCUGAUCGAAUAUGUCCGGAAAACUGGAUCACUGGCCAGAUUGAGCUUCGGUCAAAAACGUGAUCCAUGCAAGAGUAUUUUCAACAAGGUUCAAAGUGAAUUUCACCCGCCAACAGGUCCCUCGGGCAUGAAUAUUGGAGUUACUCUUUCGGUCAAUAUGCCCGGUCUUGGCCCCCAGCCAGAGGGAGAGUCAACGGAACGCUGGGGAGCGUCCCAGGGCAUUCGUACAUUGUACGCAAAGACCGACUAUAAUGGGUUCAAGAAGUUGGACCCGGAGACUCUCGAGCCAAUUGGUCUUGCUACCCAGGAGUCGCUUCAUCCUGAGUUGACCGGCCCUUUGGCAGCCUCGCAUGCUCGAUCGGACCCUAAGACUGGCGACAUGUUCAACUUCAAUCUUGAACUUGGUCGGACCUGCACAUACCGCGUCUUUGGUGUUUCUGCUUCGACUGGCAAGACUACCAUCUUCGCUGCUUUCCCAGGCACACCCGCAUACCUUCAUUCCCUUCUCAUCACCGAGGACUACGUUCUGCUCUGUGUUUGGAAUUCGCAUAUCAACCCUCUAGUACUUAGAGAAAAGUCCUUUAUGGAUUCGAUCAUGCCAACUGAUCCUUCUCAGCCGGCGACCUGGUAUGUUGUGGACAGGAAACAUGGCAAGGGCUUGGUUGCAACGUACGAAAGCCCGGCCUUCUUUUGCUUCCACACGAUAAAUGCCUGGCAAGAACCAUCAAAAGAAGACCCAACAAAGACAGAUAUUGUCGCAGACUUGGUACGAAUGGACAGUACCGAAUUCAUCACGUCCCUCUACUACGAUAACUUGAUUUCCUCGCGGCCCAGCGCCAAAGAAUUCGCUGCGAACAGAAAAAAUGCACUUCGUUCAACUAUUACCCGUUUCCGCCUGCCAGCACUACCAUCUUCCCCUAGCUCUGAUAUUCUCAAGGCUACCGUUGAAUGGUCUGCCGGCAAGUCCCUUUCCCCCGAGUUACCUACCAUGAACCCAACACGCGUCACGGAGAAAUAUCGCUACGUCUAUGCCACUACCUCCCGCGGAGAGGCCACCUUGGCUGACGGAAUCAUGAAAUUUGAUUGUGAAAGCCAGGAAUCUCGCUUGUGGUCGCGUCACGGCCACUCAACGGGCGAACCUAUCUUCGUAGCUAACCCCGAGGGUGUGAGCGAAGAUGACGGUGUUUUGCUCAGUGUUAUUCUUGAUGGCCUGUCGGGUAACAGCUACCUGCUUUGUCUUGAUGCCCGCGACCUGACUGAACUUGGCCGGGCGAAUGUCAAGGGUCCUGUUGGCUUUGGUUUCCAUGGACAGCAUGUUCCCACUAUGGGCAUGCCAACGGGUGAUUACUAG